CCCUUCCACGCCUUCUCCUUCCAGCCCCCGUCGGGUCUCCCUUUUUCUGUCCCGUUUCCCAUUCCCAUUCCAGCUUCACGUUGCGCGACACGAGCCCCGACCCUCUAAGUUAACAGACCCGCCUUUUUUGCGAGUUCGCCGACCGACGCCUUCCCUUAUUCCUGCACGUGCGCAUACCCAGCGAGCAUCAUGUCCCGGCAUUUCUGCUUCUGCAUUCCCGUCCGCGCGGGUGUCUUCCUCUUCUCCCUGCUCUCCACCAUCCUCGAGGGUCUCCUCGCCGCCGUUCUCUGGUACAUCGUGCAUGAAAUCGACAUCAAGGCGGAGAACUACACGAAUGUCGCAGAGCACACCAAGAUCACUGUGAUCGUGCUAGCUGCGAUCUUCACCAUCAUGGCGCUGUUCUCGCUGUUCGGCUUCAUUGGCGCAGUCGGAGCAAAACGGCGCCUCGUGAAGGCGUUCGCGUUCAUGAGUUGGCUGCUGUUCUUUGCGUCGAUGGGCGCGUCAGGCCUGACGCUCUACGCGAUCUUCUCGGGGAAGAACAUCACGAGCGACUGCAUCCAGGUCGAUAACAAGGGAAACGUCUCGCUCGAUUCGUGCACAACGCACGUCUCGACUGGCGUCAAGGUCGCCGCGACGAUCAUCGUCGUCCUCAUCAUGAUCGUCCACCUAUACAUGGUGGUGAUCAUCCAGCGCUACGUCGAGCAGCUCGAGGAGGACGGCGCCGCGUGGCAAGGCCCGUACAAGCUCACGACGACGGACACGAACCAGGGCCUGCUCAACCCCCAGGGCCCGUACUCAUAUGCGGAGCCGCACAACGCGUACGGCAACUCAUACGCAUGAGUCUGGACCCCGACCCCGACCCCGCUUGUGUUUAUGUCUCGCGCUGCCGGAUGGGAAGCCAAAACGAGAGGAGGUGGAUGGCGCGCGCCGCCCGUGUGUGCGGGGCGUGCGUGCAUGGAUGCUGUCGUGCUGUUUUUGCUGCUGUUUGACUUUUAUAUCUAUUAACCCACUCACGACAUAUUAGUGCUCAUUGUAUUCUUGCAUAUUCCAAUGGACUUUGCUGUGUGUUCCUUUAUUCAAGUCA